AUGAAGAUGCAAGCCGAGGUGAUCCGCGAGGGCGAGCUGGAGAAGCGGAGCGACAGCCUUUUCCAGCUGUGGAAGAAGAAGCUGGUGGUGCUGACCAAGGACAGCCUCAGUCUCUUCCCCGACGGGCACAAGCGGGCCAAGGGCAAGGAGCUGGGCUUCGGCUCCAUCCUCAAGGUGGACUGCGUGGAGCGCACGGGCAAGUACAUCUACUUCACCAUCGUCACCAAAGACCGCAAGGAGAUUGACUUUCGGUGUCCGGACCAGAGCUGCUGGAACGCCUCCAUCACCAUGGCCCUCAUCGACUUCCAGAACAAGCGGGCCAUCCAGGACUUCAAAAGCCGGCAGGAGAUGGAGCAGGCGGCGGGCACCCAGGAGCGGCGGCUGGCCCGGGCGCCCUGA